AUGUCUCUGCCACCCUUGGGGCCCAACAAUGCGGCAUCGCCUUCAUCUUUCGUGCCGCCGAUUCUUCCUCCGAGCUAUCCCUUUAGCUCCUUUGCUUCGCCGUCUCUCGCCCUCUCUGUCCAGGCUCGUGCGCUUCUGCCUCUUGUCUCCCCACCUUCCGCCUCGUCGCUCAGAAAGCGAAGGAAACGUUCUCUCCACGACUUCUUAACUCCCGCCUGUCCAACUGCGCGGUCUCUUCCGUCCUCUUCGCUCGCCUCGUCUGCGUCUCCGCCUGCGUCGGUCACGGAUCAGCGAUUCCAGUUUUCUUUUGAGUCUUCUCUGGAUCAACAGAAACAGGAGGAGGGGCGCCUGCUGAACGAGCAGGGGAUCUCCAGAGCAGACUGCGUGAGCGGACGUCAAUGGGGAAGACACACCGUUGUGUGCAGGCACUGGUGGAAAGGGAUGUGCAUGAAAGGCGAGUUCUGCGACUUUCUUCACCAACUCAUCUACCACCGGAUGCCCGCGUGCCGGAACCAACUGUGCUGUCCAGAUACCAGACGCGGGUGUUGCCCGUUCCGACACGAAGAGGCGGGCGCUCCGGCGGGAGGGACGAAGCCCCCAGCGGGGCCCUCGGCGCCUGCGACCGGCGACGGGGCGGCCGUCGCUGCGGGAGGCGAGGGCGACGACGGGAGCGGCUCUUUCGGGGCGACGCUUCCGGACUUCACUUCGACGGACUACGUGUCCGGCGGCGCGGGAGUGAGCAGCAGCCAGCAGGAAUGCGUGAACUACUUCCUGGGGUUCUGUAAGCACGGGCCGAAGUGUCGUCGUAGACACACGGCGCGAAACCGACGAGACGUCCCGUCGAUUCUGCCCACGUGGUUCCUCGAUCAAAUUCUGGCCAAUCCGCAAGUGUUCCCAACGGAGCUGGACUCGGAGAGUGAAGAUCAACUGGCUCGAGUGGUCAGCCUCUGUCGGCAGCUUGCGCAGGCGUCCCGGGGAUCGGCCCCAGCGCCGCCGGUCUCUUCCCACGCGAGUCUCUCCUCGUUUUCGACUGCUCCAGCGGGCGCGAGUUUGCGUGGAGGGGCGGACCCCUCGCGGGGCGCGUCGAUGAGUGAGAGCCAGGCUGCCGAGAAAGAGCGAUCGGCCUUUCGCAGUUCGUUCUCUUCCGCGGCUGCAUCUGCAGGCGCAGCUUCUGCGGCCUUCCCGUCUGGCGCGUACGCCGCAGCGGGGACGCAGCGAGAAGGCGCGUUCUCUUCGGCCGCGCUGCUCGUCCCGUCGACGACCUGCGUGGUUCCGCUCCUCGUCGAUCCCCUCGGCCAGGCGGCUUCGCCCCAGAGCACCAAGCGCUUCUUCAUCAUCAAAAGCAACCGGAUGAGCAACAUCUACACGUCUGUCCAGCACGGCGUCUGGGCCACGAGCAAAGGCAACACGCGGAAGCUGAUCAAUGCAUUCACCUCCACUGACCACGUCUUGCUGCUCUUUUCGGCAAACGAGAGCGGAGGCUUCCAGGGGUUUGGCAGGAUGAUGACUCUGCCCGACGCGCAACUCUUCCCUGGCAUCUGGGGCCCAGUGCAGCUGCGCCUCGGAGGCAACUUCCGCGUCAUGUGGCUGAAGCAGUGCAAGGUCGAGUUCGAAGAACUCGGGAAAGUGACCAACCCCUGGAACGAGGACUUGCCGCUGCGGAAAAGCAGAGAUGGAACGGAAGUGCCUCCAGCGUUAGGGUCUCUGUUGUGCACGUGGAUGGCCCAGAGACCGUCCGAGGAUCUGCUAGCCGGCACCGGCAUCGACGCUGCAACUCGCAUCGAUCACUCGGCCUUCUUCACGAUGCUUCUCCAGAACAAGCUGCUGUCUGUCCCUCCCUCGGGAACCGUGGAGGGGACACUGCAGCCGACAGCGCCGAUCGAGUUGCGAGGACACUGUGGAUCCCAGCCUCAGAUGGCGAACGGCCGCGCCGGGGGAGUCUCUGGUGGAGACGGGGGUCAGUACGGCGGACAGCACUGGUCGUGA